UGUAUGUAUCAUCUGACCCCUAUCCACAUCCCCUCCCUCGCCCAGCCAGGAUGAUUGUGCAGCAGCAGCACCUGCCGCGCUCCUCCCUUUUUCUCCGCUCUGGGAUCAUCACCAUCACACUCCCUACCUCGCGUGCUCUCCUCGUCCAUCAUCCUAUAGUACUGCCCUCAGUUACUUGCAUACGGUUUGGUUCGGUUCCAGGUAUUUCCGGGACGCUGGUUGCGAAGCAGUUGGGUCGUGACUCGUCCCGCUCACUGUGGCUCUCCCUCAGUGCUCUGGUCCUGGGCCGGGUCCUGGGCCGGGUCCUGGGCCGGAAAGAUCGACUUCGAUGGUUUGAUGUACACAGCAGGGGAUCCAGUACCUUUUUGGCUGGGAACUGUCUCAACGCGUUGUCUGAUUUCUGCUUUGUGUUCCAGUCUCUUCUCUCUACCUCAUUUUUCUCUCCCCCCUUUUGCUCUUUUCUCUCGGUUCCUCAAAUCAAGCCGACAGUGAUUGAUUGAGUGUGACAUGAUUCAGGUGAGAUUGUGAUAGAACGUGGGACCAGCUAACCGCCUGCUUGCCCAUCGACGUCCGACACUUGUGAUCAGUGUGAGGUUGCAUCCACCGUUCCAAUUUUGCGAGGUUCGUGUGCUUCUGUAGAGUUGGAUUCCCAAGAGAAUCCCGUUUCCAGAGACUGAUUUAGCAGCUUAUUAGUAUUUGAUUGUUAUCUUUAUCAGGUUUUUAUAAGAUCUCUGCAAAUUGUCACAGAAUUCUUUCAAUUAUCUCUUCCGAUUCCGUCGUCCAAGUCAAACUUUUCCGUCUCUUAGCAGUGAGAUAUAGAUCCACUGUAUUGGUAGAAAGUGGAAUGGCCUAGAGCUAGCACACAUGACAAACAUGAAGUGAUUUCAGUUGCAGUUGGGAAAAUGUUGCAACUGUGUAGGUUGUACAGAUUUUCGAUCUACCUGCUGAGAAUUCCGAUGAUUUAAAACGGGACCGUUCCAAAUUAUUUCGGAUGUAACUGGUUCCAACACAUUGAUAUUGUAAUCACCUUGUGAAA